UCGGCUCCCGCCCGCCGCCUUCUCUCCCCGGCGCCUUCACUCGUGCUCCCCGAGUCUCUUUCCCUCCCAGGCCUCGGCUGCGCUUCCCGGCCAGGCAGGCACCGCACCACACGGCGGGCUGGCAGUCAGGAUGCAGGUCCCGAACAAGGAGCACCUGUACAAACUGCUGGUAAUCGGCGACCUGGGCGUGGGCAAGACCAGCAUCAUUAAGCGCUACGUGCACCAGAACUUCUCCUCGCACUACCGGGCCACCAUCGGCGUGGACUUCGCGCUCAAGGUGCUCCACUGGGACCCAGAGACAGUGGUGCGCCUGCAGCUCUGGGACAUUGCAGGUCAAGAAAGAUUUGGAAACAUGACAAGGGUCUACUAUCGAGAAGCCAUGGGUGCAUUUAUUGUCUUCGAUGUCACCAGGCCAGCUACGUUUGAAGCAGUAACAAAGUGGAAAAAUGAUUUGGACUCAAAGUUAAGUCUCCCUAAUGGCAAACCAGUUUCAGUGGUUUUGUUGGCCAACAAGUGUGACCAGGGGAAGGAUAUGCUCAUGAACAAUGGCCUCAAGAUGGACCAGUUCUGCAAGGAGCAUGGUUUCGUAGGAUGGUUUGAAACAUCAGCAAAGGAAAAUAUAAACAUCGAUGAAGCCUCCAGAUGCCUGGUGAAACAUAUACUUGCAAACGAGUGUGACCUGAUGGAGUCCAUUGAGCCGGACAUCGUAAAACCCCAUCUCACAUCGCCCAAGGGUGUCAGUUGCUCCAGUUGUGCCAAAUCUUAGUAAUAAUUUCAUCCUCUCAUGAAUUGUGCCUCAGUUUUUUACCAUGUUGUGUAAGUGUCAUGAUAGGGACACACGUGAUAGGGCAAGCCAAAGAUGUAUGCUUGUAUCUUUCCUGUAAGAGAGAGAAAUAGCAAAUAUUCUUUUUUAUGUUUUUUUCUCAGCAUCAGCACAGUGUUUACAAGCUUUUAAAAUAUUUAGUCUGUUACAAAUUUCCAUCUUGUAGCUGACCACAGUUCUGCAGGGCCAGGGUGGUCCUUGUCAUUUGCUUCUUUGAAUCAGCCAAGGUCUCAGUCCUACAGAGAAAGGGGAGAAGAGCAAACUGGCUGUCAAGUUAAGCAUUGGCUUUCGCUUUGCCCCUGGUAUCUUUGUCUAGAUUUCAAUACAUUCUCUGCUGCUUUGACAGACCUCUUAAGUAGAAACAGUAUUUUCUCCAGAGAUGACCACAAUUCUCAACAAACCUAAGAGUUAUCUCUGAUUUAGCUCUUCAGAGUCAUAUACCCAGGCUUCCUGUGCUGAUGCUGCUUUUAUUGUCACUUUCCAACCCCUGAAUGUUGGUUUAACUGAAAACUGUAUGAAAAGAUCUGCCCCCUGUAUGUGCCUUUUUGUUAGGCUUCUCUGACUCAAGCUAUGGGACUCGUCUGUACAUGUAAUAUAUAUAUUAUAUAUAUAUUUUCACAAGUGGAAAAUAAAACAUUAACAGAUGCUGCUUCCUUAUUUCUGAAAGUGCCUUAAGUUUCUUAGUAUUGUGAGCUCUUUUGUUUUUUUUUUAAACUAUGUAUCCGUGAUUCUCAAGACCCAUUUCUAAAAUUCUGUUUCAAACAGGAGACGGGAAAUAUGCAUUUAUGUAAAGGAACUGCUGGGCACUUUUAAAACUGAGAUGAGUCUUUUCUGUCUAUAUCUGCUGGUCAUAUCGGCAUUUAGGCCAAGAAAGCAAUGAGUGUAUGCAAAUAUUUUUGGUUAAGCAGAGAAAUAUGUUCUCAUAUAUUCUGAUCAAAAAAGGUGCCAGAACAACCAACAUAUAAAACAACAACAACUAAAAUAUGCAUGGCGAUAUCUUGUUUUACACGAUGGCUGUAGUGCUGAAGUGCUGCAGGUAGCUGCUACUUUUUAAUGGCAUUAUUUUCCAUUGAUAGUCAUAAUACACUCACAGGAGCUUUGUCUUUUGUAACAGAUGUUUUGGUGUGUCCUCCCCAUCUUAUUUUGGAAUUCACUGUUUCCAUAAGCACCACCACACAGAUUCCUAUUGUAAGUGUUCAUGACAUUUUCCUAGAGGGCUUUCUCUGGCUUCUGGAGCACUUGACCUGUGAGACAAGCAGGUCAGAAGUGCCAGGGAGAAAAUGUCUCCAGAAGCAGCCCUCAACCAAGGAUAACAGGAAUUGGUGGAUAAAUACCUUGGGUUCUUUGUCUCUCUCAGGAAGGACAGUUCUAAGGCAUGUGCUGUAUAGUGUCUCAGAACUUCCCAGUGGGAUAAAGCCCCUGGUUCCCACAGGGGAAACCUUCCAUGUGACUCAUCCUUUAUUGGCUUCCUCUCCUUCUUUCCUCACUUCAUCACUCCUCUAUUGGUGCUUCCUGGGUUCACUUUCCCAAAAAAACUACUUUCACUCCAAUCCUUGUUUCAGGGACUUACGAGGGAACUCAAGCCCAGCCUAAGUUAGCUGGGACAAAGGUGGCCUAGGAAGCAAUUCCUCAAUACCAGCUUCUUGAAAUGAAUCAUUCAUCACCCAGGUGGUAGCAGGGACCCCCUUGCUGAUGCAUAAUGAGGUGGGGCUGAUCCCUGGCAAGAUGUAACAUCAUAAUUACUAAGACUCCUAUCAGGUGUAUUGGGAUAGAACAUAGAUGGAAGAAAAUUCUAUUGCUGUUAUGUUUGAAAGACACGGGAUUGUAGAGUUAGUUACCCUCCAUAGGACUUCUGUAGGGGAAAAAAAAAUGUACACACUUAGGGCAGCCAACAGUCAACUCCGGAUUUGAUGUGAAAGCUUGAAGACCUGCAAGCAACAAUGAAAAUGGUCCUCCUUUCCUUUAGAUGCAGGAUAGACCGUGCUGAAAACGAGGCCUCAGAUUUGAUUUUAGGAGAAGCAGAGUUGUAAAGUAGACCGAAUUCACAGAGCUAGAAAUCUCUUCCACUAAAAUCAGGACCCUGAUAGGGAAGGAGUCGCAUACUGCAAUAUAGGAGGAGAUAUUUGGGUAGAUGCUCUUAAGAGUCUUGAAUCCAGAGAGUCUUUUGAAACUCUGGCCCAGAAAAAGAUGCCCUUACCCUUUCCAGUGGGAAAAUAGCCAAUUGCCUCAUGAUAGCCCUAUCUUAGUAGGAUGUUUAUAAGUUGAUGCUGUCCCUUCUUAGUUCUGCUCCCAUCUCCCUUCAUUGCUGCUGGACAAAUAACUAGGAUCAAGUCUCAGUAUGAAAGCAGAAAGGUAUGACCUUUGUUGCAGGUGAAAUAGAUCACCAAGCAAAUUAACUAUAGAACCUGACUAGUAAGGGGACUGAGUACUCGUGGGACUGAGAAGAUUCUGAGGAAUUGGCCUUGAGAUGCUAGAUCAGAGAGGACAGAAUGUAAGACCAAGUAAUACAUAAUCUAUUUCUAUGAGAAUGCUCUUUCAUGAGUUAAUUUAUAGCAUUCUGGCAAGUACACCUGGAGCUAAUCCCCAUGUCCUACUGGAAUAGCUGUUAGAAGCCAGGAAACAAUGUUGGCUUAAAAUAAAGGAUGCAGUGAUGCCAGAACUGCCUUGGCAAAGUAUUAAAGAAGAGCUCCAAGGUCUUGGAGAGGUGGGCAUGUUAGAAUGUAUUACUUUGUGAUGCCAGAGAAACUACCAGCUAAUCGUGUACCCCAGGAGAGCCCGGAAUACUCUCUCUUCACUGAAGCAAUAAGGAGUGUCCCCAAACGAAGGACAAUAGCACCAAGAGAAGCUCAGUGGUGUCUGUUCUCUGGAGACCAGGUUUGAGAUUGUAAAUAUAUUGCUAUGUUUCACCGGGAAUGGUACCUUACCUGGUUAAGGUUUAAGAUGGGGUACUACCAUUAAAUGCUAUGAGUAUAUUUAGCAUUGUGUCUGGAUAACUAUCUUCCAAAGGUGGAAGUAGGAGUGAAGCCUCUCUCUAUCACUUGGAAUAAUCCAAAGGAGAAAGUGAGCUUCCCCUUUUUAGAACUUCAGAAUCUACAGAGUUAGAGGUUUUGGUACUUCUACCAGGGGACACAGUAAGUGUUCCACUAAAUCUACAGCUUCAGCUGCUGCCUGAUUAUUUUUGGCUCUUCAUACCCACAGGCCAGGAGUUGGAGAAGGCAGUUUACUCUGUAGGCAAGGGUAAUUCAUCCUGAUUACCAAGAGGACAUAGAACUGCUGCUCAAUAAUGGAGCAGGGAGCAAGGAGUAUGUCUGCAAAUCAUGGGACUCAGUGGGGUGUCUCUGGAUGCUUCCGUGCCUGGUGAGAGGCAAUUGCCGCAACAUCUAUGAGGAUAAGUAACUGGGUUACAAGGACAAGUAACUUGAGACAUACUCUCAAGGAUAAAAGUCUGCAUUAUUGCACCGUGCAAUGAACCUAGAUGAGAAGCAGGUUGGUCAAGGGAAUGGAAAUGGGAAGAGAGAGAAAUGAACAUCAAUUAUGGUCUCAAUAUUAAGUACCACAGUGGAGACUGUAGCUUGUCUCACCAAACCUCCAC